AGAUGGCGGCCGGACAUGCAGUCGGAUCGAGCGGCUGGCUCGCAUCACUUAAAAUGGCGGCGGUGGCGGCGGCGGCGGCGGCGGCGGCGGCGGCGGCGGCGGCGGCGGCGGCGCCGCAGGGCGCGAGGCACGCUGGGGCGGGGCGCGAGGCACGCUGGGGCGAGGCACGCUGGGGCGAGCCGCGCGGGCUGCCGGGAACGGGGCGGAGCGCGGCCGCGCCGGCGCGUCGAGGGGGUACAGGCAGCCGCCGCGAUGGACGUGUUCCUCAUGAUCCGGCGCCACAAGACCACCAUCUUCACGGACGCCAAGGAGUCGAGUACCGUGUUCGAGCUGAAGCGCAUCGUCGAGGGCAUCCUCAAGCGGCCGCCCGACGAGCAGCGGCUGUACAAGGAUGACCAGCUUCUGGACGACGGCAAGACGCUGGGAGAGUGCGGCUUCACUAGUCAGACGGCCCGGCCGCAGGCCCCGGCCACUGUAGGACUGGCCUUCCGAGCAGAUGAAGCUUUUGAGGCUCUGCGCAUCGAGCCCUUCUCCAGCCCACCUGAGCUGCCCGAUGUGAUGAAGCCACAGGACUCAGGAAGCAGCGCCAAUGAACAAGCGGUGCAGUGAGAGGGCCCCGGGCCCGCCCCAGUGCCCCCCCCCCCCAAUAAAAAAGAGAUUCGGGUGUC